GUGUGGCGGCCGCGCCCCGCUCAGCCCGUCCGUCCCCCGAGGCGGCAGGCACCGCCUCAGCCCGUGCUUUCACUAGCUAUUGAGAACCAUGUCUGACAACGGAGAACUGGAAGACAAGCCACCAGCUCCUCCUGUCCGGAUGAGCAGUACUAUCUUCAGUUCAGGGGGUAAAGACCAGUUGUCUGCCAACCACAGCUUGAAACCCCUGCCCUCUGUACCAGAAGAGAGAAAACCUAGGAAUAAAAUAAUCUCCAUAUUCUCUAGCACUGAAAAAGGAAGCAAAAAGAAGGAAAAGGAAAGGCCAGAAAUCUCCCCACCAUCAGAUUUUGAGCAUACCAUCCAUGUUGGCUUUGAUGCUGUUACUGGAGAGUUCACUGGAAUGCCAGAGCAAUGGGCUCGGUUGCUUCAGACCUCAAAUAUCACGAAGCUAGAACAGAAGAAAAACCCCCAGGCGGUACUAGAUGUGCUGAAAUUCUACGACUCCAAAGACACAGCAAAACAGAAAUAUCUGAGUUUUUCUGCUCCAGAAAAAGAUGGUUUCCCUUCAGGAACACCAACGACCAAUGCCAAAGGUUCAGAACCAUCAACAGCUGUGGCAGAUGAUGAUGAGGAUGAUGAAGAAGCUCCUCCUCCUGUUAUAGCUCCACGGCCAGAUCACACAAAUCGGUGAGCAGCUAUUUAUACACGGUCUGUAAUUGACCCCAUCCCUGCACCAGCCAGUGACACUUCUGUUGACAGUGCGACGAAAUCGGGCGAUAAGCAGAAAAAGAAGACCAAAAUGUCGGAUGAAGAGAUCAUGGAAAAACUACGCACUAUUGUGAGCAUAGGAGAUCCCAAGAAAAAAUAUACCAGAUAUGAAAAAAUCGGGCAGGGGGCUUCAGGUACAGUUUUCACAGCUAUUGAUGUGGCAACGGGGCAGGAGGUUGCUAUUAAACAGAUAAACCUGCAGAAACAGCCCAAGAAGGAGUUGAUUAUUAAUGAGAUCUUGGUAAUGAAGGAGCUAAAAAACCCCAACAUAGUCAACUUCCUGGACAGUUACCUCGUGGGAGAUGAAUUGUUUGUGGUGAUGGAGUAUCUAGCUGGAGGCUCACUAACAGAUGUGGUCACAGAAACAUGUAUGGAUGAAGCACAGAUUGCUGCUGUUUGCAGAGAGUGCUUGCAAGCGCUUGAGUUCCUACAUGCGAACCAGGUCAUCCACAGAGACAUUAAGAGUGACAACGUGCUGUUAGGAAUGGAUGGAUCAGUUAAACUAACCGACUUUGGUUUCUGUGCUCAGAUCACCCCAGAGCAGAGCAAGCGCAGCACUAUGGUUGGAACUCCUUACUGGAUGGCUCCUGAAGUGGUCACACGGAAAGCAUACGGCCCUAAAGUGGAUAUCUGGUCUCUGGGCAUCAUGGCUAUUGAGAUGGUGGAAGGAGAACCCCCGUACCUCAACGAAAACCCCCUGAGGGCUUUAUAUUUGAUAGCAACUAACGGCACACCAGAGCUGCAGAACCCCGAGAAACUGUCCCCAAUAUUCCGGGACUUCUUGAACCGAUGUUUGGAGAUGGAUGUAGAGAAAAGAGGAUCAGCCAAAGAAUUGCUACAGCAUCCGUUCUUGAAACUGGCCAAACCUCUGUCUAGCUUGACGCCACUGAUCUUGGCAGCCAAAGAAGCAAUGAAGAGUAACCGCUAACAUUACUGCCACAGCCUUCAUCCUUUUUUUUUUUUGUUUGUUUGUAUUUUACAAAUCUUUAUAAUAUAUGAAAUUGUUACACU